UGACAGCAGGGGGAUGACAACACUGUAGGGCCCGUUUUUCCAUUCAGAUUGUCUGUCAAACAUCAACAAAAAAAGUAAGGCUUUUUUUUACACAUAACAUUGUAUUUUCUUGAGCACAUUAACUAUCCGUUUCGGGAAAAUAAAAAUAAUGACCUGACAGCAAUCACUCUAAUUCACUAACCCGUUCUUUGUUGAGUUUCCUCAAGCUAAGUUAGCUUAGCUAGCAUUGAAGCUAACGUCAAUAAGGUGGAUCACAGUUGUAGUUUUACAGGCGUGGAGUUAGUUUGGAAGCCCGGCAGCAGGAAGCUGUUCAGUUUUAGGGCUACAUCUCUGCUUUGAGGGGGCUUCUUCUUUAUGUGCUACUGGGAGGACCAGCUGCAGCACCAUGGCAGAUGACAAGGACGUAUUGAGAGAUGUUUGGUUCGGCCGGAUACCCACCUGCUUCACUCUGAACCCGGAUGAGGUGACUGAAAGAGAGGCAGAAGCAUACUAUCUGCUGCUACCCAGGGUGAGCUACCUGCCUGUUGUCACAGACAAAGUGAAGAAACACUUCCUCAAAGUGAUGAGGCCAGAGGAUGUGGAGGAGAUGUGGUUCGAGUAUGAAGGAACGCCGCUCAAAUGGCACUAUCCUAUUGGAGUUCUGUUUGACCUCCAUGCCUCUAAUACAGUCUUACCCUGGAACAUCACUGUGCACUUUAAGAAUUUUCCAGACCAGGACCUGCUGCACUGCCCGUCAAAUUCCAUAGUCGAGGCUCACUUCAUGUCCAGCAUCAAGGAGGCGGACUCCCUCAAGCACAAGAGCCAAGUAGUCAAUGACAUGCAGAAGAAAGACCACAAACAGCUGUGGAUGGGCCUGCAGAACGAUAAGUUUGACCAGUUUUGGGCGAUGAACAGGAAGCUGAUGGAAUAUCCCACAGAAGACGGAGGCUUUAGGUACAUCCCCUUCAGGAUAUACCAGACGCUGAGCGACAGGCCAUUCAUCCAGAAACUGUUUCGCCCUGUUUCGCCCGACUGCAAUGCACACACACUUGGCGACCUGCUGAAGGAGAUGUAUCCAGAUGCUUUGACAAAUGAUGGUGAGCAGAAGCGCUAUCAAGUGUUGAUCCACGGCAUCGAACCGCUACUGGAAACUCCUCUGCAGUGGCUCAGCGAACACCUGAGCCAUCCUGACAACUUCCUGCACAUCUGUGUGGUCCCUGUGCCCACCGACUGAGGCUGCGCCUCUGCACCUUGUCAUCCCAAGACUCAUCAGCCAAUCACCUGCCAGCUGGAUAACCUCAGACAUGGUAGAACUUCACUGUGGAAACUUGGAGCUAACAGACAUUAAAGGAGGAUCAUAAUAUUAAUCACGAA